AUGCAACAAGAAGCAAUGAGAAACAAACUGCAGGAAAAAUCAUCAAUGGAAAGACAGCAUUUUGAGAGAUUUAAAGCACAGAUGUUAAGUAAAAUGUCUGAUCUGGAAAAAGUGAGUGGUAUGAUGGUGAGAGAAAGACAAAGUUUGGAAGAAAUGAAGACAUACAUCGAAGAGCAGAUGAAGGAGUUUAACACCAGAAAAGGCCAAACUGAAGAAAUGAAAUUAGAGUUAGAAAAGACCAGAAUUGCUAUACUGGACAAAGACGGACGUAUUGUUGAAGUUGUGGAUGAACUAAAUAGAAAAAAUGAUCAAAUUAACCAUAAUCUGAAACAACUGGAAGCACAAAAAGAUAAAUUUGAAAGAUUUGUAAGUAACUUCACCAAAAGAGUGAAAGAAGUAUCAGAUAACAAUGUACCAACACAACUACUUGAAAUUCAACGCGAGAAAGAGAAACUACAGGAGGUUCAUGAAGAAGUACAAGGUUUACAGAACAACCUAAAAACUAUGAUCACAAAUAUUAAGGGGGCACUGAGUCAAAUUGCUAAAAAGAAAGAGGAAAUUGAUCAGGAAUGGACUCAGAUUGGGUCAGAAAGAGAGCUACUACGAAAUGAAAAAGAAAAAAUUACACAAGAGUCAUCAGCUCUGAAAUGCAAAAAUGACCAAAUUCUAAAAAUGUCCAGUGAACUCAACCAGAUGAAUGCAAAGUUACGGCAAGACAUCAAGCUUAAAAUUGACAAUAUAGAGUACAGCAGCCAGACGUUACGUGAAUUACGCAACAAUUUUGAACAAAAGCAAAAUGAUCUUGGACAACAGAAAGAAACACUUGCUAGUCUUUUGGAGCUUUUAAAGAAAGAAAGGGAAUGUGUAUCCAAAACAGUGCCAAGCCUAUUUGAUCAAAGAAGAGAUACUGAACAGAAAUGGAAGCAGCGGAUUGAGUCUGAAACUAAAAAUAUUGAACAACGUCAGUCAAAAUUAAAAGAAGAGAAAGAUGAGUUUGAAAAGCAAGUGAUGGCGCUCAAAAAGGAGAGAAAUCACUUGGAAUUGUCAAGAUUCGGGAUCCGCAAGCAACAUGAUCAGCUGAUGAAUGAUAAGAAAACGUUGCGUAUGGGUUUUAGUCAGUUACAUGAGACCACAUCCAAACUACAACAUAUGAAAGAAGAUAUUCAUAAAGGACUGAACGUUAUAAAGACAGAGAAAGCCAACAUGACACACUUAGCUCUACAAACACACAAGGCACAAAAUGAUAUUCAAAUGUGUUUAAAACUGUUUGCGCUGAAAAGCAAAGAGCUAAACCAACAAGAAGGCAAUGUAAGGAAGCUAUCUGAAGAGCUGCAAAGUCAACAGAGUGUAUUACAAGCAAAUAGACAACAACUGGAGAAGGUUAAGGAAGAAGUUACCAAGAGCAAGCAGGAGGUAGCAGCAUCAUGGGAGAGCAUUAGUGAAGAGAAAAGGCAAGUAACUAAAAUCAAGGCUGAACUUGACAUGCAAAGACAGCUGCUUUUAAAUGACAAAGAAAAAGUUCAAGAACAACUUCGUGAAGUUCAGUCUAAAGAAAAUGAUCUCAUGGGUAAAACAAAGCUCGUAGCAAAUAUGGGCAAAAGACUAAAACUGUUGAUUGCAAAGAUGGGAAGUAAGAUAUCUCAAGCGGAUGUGAAUGACAAACUUGUGCUCAAGCAGGUUGUGUUGUUGGAGAAAUGUUCUGAGGAAAUUGGGAAAAAUAAAGAUCAAAUUCAUUUAUACAUCAGCAGAUUUCACCAGGAAAAGGAAUCGCUCUGUGGAAUCAUACCAACCAUGCUCAAAAAGAUAGCUGAGGAAAAGGCAGAUGUAGAGAAAGAGAAACUUGACAUACAUCGGAAGAAAAAAGAAGUCGAAAUGUAUGUUGAUUUAUUUGAACAACAUAAAGCCAACAUAAUGAAGCAGAAAGACCAGUUCCAAAAGACAAAUACUGAACUAUGUAUGCAAAAAGAACAAACUGCCCAUCUACUGAAGGAGGUCAACACUGAAAAGAGUAACAUAAAGCACAUGGCUGCACAGAUUGAUGUCCAAAAACAAAAUCUAAAGAAAGUUUUUGAUGAUUUUGUCCAUAAACAACAAGACUUAGAGCUAAGGAAAGCUGACCUAGACAGUCAGUGCAAAGAACUGAACACCUCCACUGAAACACUGAAACAGGAGCAACACGAAAUGGAAGAACUGAAGAAGGAACUGGAAAGAAAGAGAGAAGAAUCUGAGACGGCAAUGCAUUUGAUUAAUGAACAAAAUAUGCAACUGCAAGAAAAUAGGAGGACAUUACAAACUGAAAGAGAGCAACUGGAUUUUCUGAAGGUGGAAGUGGAAAGGAGCAGAGAUGAAGUUGAGGCGGCAAAGAAACUCGUUAUAGAGGAGAAAUGUGAGUUAGAUAAAACAAAGGCAGAAAUACACCAGAAGAAACAAGAAAUUAACUCAGAACAGGACAAAUUGGACAGCGAGAAAGAAUUACUGAGAAGAGAAAAGGAACAGUUGCGUGGUCUCAUGAAUGAUUUGGACAGAAAAAGAGAAGAAGCUGACGCCACCUUAAGACUCAUCAAUGAAGAGAAAAACCAGCUUGAAGACAACAGAAGGAAAUCGCAAACUGAAAGGCAACAGCUGAAAAUGCUGAUGAAAGAAGUGAACAGAAAACGAAAGGAAAGUGAAGCCACUAUUAAGAUUAUCAAAGAGGAGAAAGAGCAACUGAACAAACUGACAAUAGAGCUGGAAAUUAAGAGACAGACUCUGGAACUAAAAGAAGAGGAACUCCAAAGGGUAAGAGAACAAACUGAAGUGGUCCGUAAAGAUCUGGAAGCUGCUAGAGAGGAGAUUCAAGAGCAGAGGAAUGAACUCAGUCUGAAGAAUGACAAGUUAGAGUUGGACAGGCAAAAUCUGCAGAGGCAACAGAAACAGAUGGACAAAGAGCUGGAGAUUAGACAAGAGCAGCUUCGCAGUGUGACAGGGCAUCUGAGCCAUCUGAGAGGACUCCUCCAGCACAAUAGGACCACACUACAACUACACAUAAAGAACAUGGACAAACUGAAGCUGCAGUUCACAGCUCUGGAUCAGGACAGAGACAAAAUGGUUGACUACAAUCAAAUGUUGGAGAGACAAAAGAGCAAUCUUAAAGACACACUGAUUCUCUUCAAUGGGCAAAAGCAAAAACUUCUAUUGGAGAGACAACAGGUGGAGACACUGAGUUCAGAAGUGAAGCAGCAGAGACAAGAGCUUGAACAAGAGAGAGACGAGAUGGACAGAGAGAAAGAGGAGCUACAAAAGAUGAAGAGCGAUGUCAUGGAGACGUUAGAGAAAUAUACCGUUGAAAUCAAGAAGGAAAAAGACAUUCUCCAACAGACAAACCUGAAAUUCCUGAAUCAGAAAGAGCACAGAGAGACUCUAUUGGAGGCGGUUAGAAGUCAAGGAGCUGAGUUGGCUGUUCUGUUUAACAACACAAGAGUCAAACUUCAGGAUGCAACUAACAAACUUGCUUUAAAACAAAAGGAACAAGAUCUUAAAGAGGAAGAACUGACUAAACAAACCCAGGAGCUACAAAUCUCUGAAAGUAAACUAAUGACUGAAAAAGAACAACUUGAAAUCUUGAAGCGAGAUCUCACGGAAAAGAGAGACAAAGCUGAAAAUGCUCUGAACAACAUCGAAGAGGAGAGGGAAUUGCUCAGUCAAAAUAAGAAGGAUGCUGAUAUGGAGAAAAAACAGCUUCUGGAAGAAAAGCACAAACUGGAAGAAAGCUGGUCCAUGGUACAAAUCAAGGAAACUCAAGUAUUCAAUACAGUAAGAAUGAUGGAAAAUGUAACCACAAGGCUGAAAGAGUUAGUAAAAAGGACACGUGAAGAUGCAGAAAUCAUGACUCAAAACAGCAUCCAAUUUACAGAGUUACAACAUAAUCUGAUCAGUGAGGAGAAGAACUCUAUGGAGAAAGUAAAAAAUGAUCUAACAAAUGUAAAAACAAGCAUUGCAACACAUGGUAGAAUGCAAAAGUCUUUGAUGGAAGCAUUGUCUACAGAAAAACAAAAGGAUAUUGAUGCACUAAAUGAGAAGAUCAAAGAACAGGAAAUGCACUCGGAAUUAUUAUUGUUGUCUAAAGUUGAGAAUGGUUUGAGCGUCUUUGGAUUUGAAAAAGAGAGGCUAGAAAAAACUAAGGCUGAAUUACAGAUUAAGAAAGAACGUGUUGAUCAAUUACUGCUUGAAAUAAAUCAAAACAAAAUCACCAUUAACAACUUUGAACUUACAAUUAAGACAAAGAUUCAACAAUUUAAGAGUACAGUUGCCAAAUCGGAAAUCUCAAAAGAACAGCUUAAAGGACAAAAUGUGGAUAUGCAAAGUGAAAAUGAAGUUAACUUGCUGAAAUGUGAAAUUCUUAAACAGGCAGCUUUCUUAAAAACGACUCAACAUGCAAUGAAAGAAACAAAAUAUAAACUUGAGAACAUUACGUCAGAGCUAGAAAACAGCAAACACCACAUGCAUUCUCUUUUGCAUGACGUCAACACAGAAAAGUUCAACAUUAAAGACAUAGUUCUCCAAAUUUCCCAAGUACGAGACACACUGAUUAAAAAGAUAAUACUGAAACAAAAAGAACAAGAAGCUAAAGAUGAAGAGAUGAAACAGAAAUCACUUGAAAUGGACCAAAUUCGGAACACUUUGUCAGUAGAGAAACACGAAGUCAAUGCGUUGAGACAAGAAAAUGAAAUCGCAAGAGAUGUAAUUAAGGCAGACAGAGAAGAGGUAAUUCAAAUGAAGACUAAGGUCAAAAUGGAGAGAGUCCAAUUGGAGGAGGAUAAGGAGAGAUUGAAAAAAGACCUAACAGAACUGGAAGCAAGAGAGCAGACACUUAUGGACAAGAUUACAUCCAUUGAAAAUCUGAGCGUAAAGUUUGAGGAUCUGUAUGAGAAAAUGCGCGUAUACGCCCAAACGCAGCAAGAGACUGGAGAGGAGGGAGUUGGUACCAGUGUUGUAAGCGAAAUUAUCCAGACUGAAGGCGAUGCGGAAAAUCUUUAUGACAGAGAAAGAAUGGCAAAACAGAUUUCUGAGCUGACAGCGAAAGAGUAUGAGUUCAGGAACAUAAUGAGUAACAUGGAAAGGGGGAGGGCAAUGGUCCAACAGCAGAAUCAAAAGAUGAAUGAGCUCCUGAAAAACAAACUGCGUGAAUUUCAGACACGCAAAGAUCGCAUUCAAAGACUGUGCAAUGAUUUGGAGAAAAAGUUGGUUGAGCUAGAAGAAAAUAAACACAAAACAGCAGAAUGUAAUGAACUGUUGCUUAAAAUAAAAGAAGAAUUGAAACGUGUGUCACUCCAAAGCAUCUUAGAAGAAAAACAUAAGAAACUGACAUUACAAACAUAUGUUGAAGCAGAGGUGCAAACAGAAAAUGUUUCUGUGAUGGUAGAUGUGAUGGAGGUGAAAGAAAUACCACAAUACAUGGAACAGUCAACCCAAACAGGAGAUACACAAAUCAUGUCAGAAGUAUUUACUCAAACUGACGUGGAAAGACCAAAGCAAAAAGAUGGAUUGGAUGAAUUUCCAGAUGCAAUGGGAGACAAAAUGGAUAAGAAAAUGAUGAUGUCUGAAGAAAUUCCAAAACAAAUUCAGAUUUUGGAAGCUAGUAGAUAUUUAGUACAAGAUGGGAUACAAAACUUAGAUGAACUCCAGAAAGAGCUAAGAAUUCAAAUUCAAAAACUCGCCAAGCUUUUUGACAACAUUAGCAAAGAGAAAACUACCGUACAAGAUUUAGCUUUUGAAGUUCAGGCUAAACAAGAUGAGCUCAAGAAAAAAUGUACAGGACAAAUGGCGAAUCUGCAGAGUAAAAUUUCAUCAGAAGAAUCUCAAAGUGUUGACAUUAAAGAAAAGGACAUUAAAAGUGUUACUGACAUCAUUCGACUUGACAGAGAAUACAUGGAUGAAAUGAAAAAGAUAUUUGACAUUCAGAAAGCAAUGCUUUUAAGUGAGAAGAAUGAGAUAGAACAAAGGAUGUCAGCACUUCUUACAAAAGAGGAAACUAUACGGAAACAACGUAGAUUUAUUGAGUCAAUGAAAACCAAGAUGAAAGAGUUAAUUGACAAGACAAACAAUAAGAUUCAUGACAAAAUAACAGAAUCAGAAGAAAAUUCAAGUCAUGUUAUUGCAUUGUCCAGUUUAUUGGAGCAAAGACGUGCAGAUCUGGAUCAAGUUCAAAACAAGAUGUCUACUUUUGCUGAAAUGUUGAAGGAAGGCAUGAAAGAAGUCUCUGAAAUAAAAAAUCUACCAAAAGAUCAGAUGAAACGUGCGGUGCGUGUAGACCAAAGGCUCGUCGAGUUGGUGGAUGAAAGGAAGGUGACAGUGGAUAAAACAGCAACGGAGAAUUUUCUGAAGAUCACGGAAGUCAUCAAAUCUGAGGUGGAAUUGACUAUAAAGGAACUCAGAAACUAUAAAGAUGAUAUCGACUCAGUUUUGGAAGACAUUCAAACUGAGAGGUCCAAUAUUGUAACAGAGAGGAAAAAUAUAGAUCAAAUUAGGAUUAAAAUACAGACAGUGAGAGAUAUAAUGGAAAGAAAAACAUUAGAAAUCAAUUACAGUAAAGAACAACUUAAAGCUAAAAUGCAAAAUGUGGAAAUUAUUUACAAAAAAAUUAAAUUGCUCAAUGAAAAGUUGUCUGAGAAUAUCAAACAUCAAAUUAAUGUGUUGCAAGAGAGGAACCAACAAGUGUCAACACUGUGCUCAGAUUUGGAACAGAAAAUGGCAGAAAUUUGCAGAAUUAAAGAAAGAUUUUUAAGCUAUGAACAAUUAUUUAAAACUGAAGUUCAGGAAGUUGAAACAAAACUUCCUCCUGUUUCCAGAAAACGGGAGGAGGUUUCUGAAAGUGAAUAUCUUGACAAUCAAAAAGAUAUGAAACAGAAUCAAACUAAUGAGCGACUUGAGAUAAUUCUGGUCUUAUUGCAACAGCAGAUACUUACUUUAAAGCAAGAAAAUGAUAAGAUGCAAAACAUUACAAAAGAGCUAGACAUGAAAAACAAAACAAUGCUCACGUUGUUACUGGACCUAAACACCGAAAAAGACAAAGUAAAUAAAAUGAAGGAGAAACUUCAAACAACAAAAGUUAAAAUAGCAGCACUGCGGACGGGUUUGGAUCUGAAACAAAUAGAGCAAAAGGAUGAAGCUGAGAAGGAGACACCAGAAGAAAGUUUAUCACCCCAUAGAGAAGAAAUGCAAAAGGAUGUGGCUGCCAUGACUCCAGAAUCCCAGGAGCCAAGUUCAGAGUGGAGACUUGAGGACACAGAUAAAAUUAGAACAAGAGAAGAACUAAAGGAAAGUAGAGCAAAACUCCAACAGCUGAAAGAAAGACUGUAUGAUGAUCUACAAAUUAAAGAAAAGAAAUUAAAUCAAGAUAGAGAAACAUUGGAGAAAAUUAUUGCAAAUUUUAACAAGAAUCAAAACAUUGUGUCUGGAUUUAGUGAUCUGCUCAACACACAGAGGGACAAAAUUAAGUUUCUACUGGUAAAUAUGAUCAGUGCAGAUAAACUGAAAAAGCAAGAUGAGAUAAGUGGCUCUGAAAUUCUGAAAGAAGAGGAGAAACCACAGAGGAGGUUUGAGGAAAAAGAGAAGACAGAUGAAUUAGAUGAAGCAAGGACUAAAGCUGAGCUCCAUGUAUAUGAAAGACUUAAAGAAGACAUCAUGAAAAACCUAAAUCAGAUCCAAAAAAGAACCACUGAACUUCUUGAGCAGAGCAACCUUACUGAGAGUCUGUUGGAGAAUGCCUCUGCAAGCAAGACCAACAUCCAAGACAUGGCUAUAAAGAUUCACUCUCAAAGACUUCAACUUGAGAAUGUCAUUCAUGAAUUUAAGAUGAAGCAAAAUGAACUAGUGAGACAACAGCAAGAGGUGAAUAAAUCUGUAGAGUUGUUGAUGAUGGAUAGGGAGCAAGCAGAAGAGCUGAGAAAACAACUGGAAAUUAAAAGCAAAGAAGCAGAUACAGCUAUGAUUAUGCUCAAUCAGGAGAGACUGCAGCUUAAAGAAGACAAACAACAUUUGCAAGUUGAAAGAGAAGAACUGGACCGUGAUAAAGAACAUUAUCAGGCCAGUAUGAAUAUUAUUGACAAUGAGAAAAAGCAACUUCUGGAAAUGAGGACAGAAAUAGCCAAAGAGAGACAAGAACUAGAAGAGAAAGAAGACAAAGUAUUGAAACGUGAGGAAGAACUUAAAGGUCAAGAGAAGCAUAGUUACAAUAAGUUGCUGAAGGCCAUGAGAGAACUCGAGGAGCAUAAGGAGGAACUUGAGCAAAAAAGACAAGAGACUGAGGCACAAAUGUGUAUUAUCAAGAAAGACAAACAGCAGAUUCAAGAAUAUAGCAGAAGAUUACAAAAUGACAAGGAAAAAUUGGAAAUGUUAGUGGAGGAUGUAACCAGGCAACGAAAAGAAACUGCGGAAGCAAUGGCGCAAAUCCAUGAAGAAAAACUAAAACUUCAACAACUGAAUGCACAGAUGGAAGAGAAGAGACAGGAAUUCCAGAGCGAGAAAGACUACCUGAAACAACAAGGAUUCGAUUUGCGAAUAUACAAAUUGGAGAUACAAAUUCAAGAGCUGCAAAGUUCCAAUGAGUUGCUGAAAAAAGAUAGAGAACACAUGGAGAAGUUAAGGUUUGAACUAGACCGACAAAGAGAAGAAAAUAAAGCAGCUAUGAGCCUCAUAAAUGAAGAGAAAAAACAGCUUCAGGAAGACAGGAGAAAAUCAGAAAAUGACAAAGAACAAGUGGAGGCAUUGAUGGAGGAAGUGAAAAAUAAAAGUUUAGAGAUUGAGGCUGCAAAGAGCUCCAUUGAUGAAGAAGAAAAAGAACUUCUGAAAAUGAGGGAAGAACUGGACAUUAAGGGACAGGAAGUAGAACGGCAAAAAGGUAAACUGAAACAAGAACUACAACAAAGACAAAAUCAACUUGAGACACAAUUUAAAGAGCUUCAAACUUACAGUCAGCUGUGGCAGAAAGAGAAAGAUCAACUGGAGGAGCUGAGACAAGACCUGAAACAAGAAAGGACAGCAACUGAAACUGCUAUAAGCAUCUAUAAUGAAGAGAAAGAACAAAUAAAGGAGGAAAGAAGAAAACUACAAGUUGAAAAAGAAAACCUGGAGCUCUUAGUGGAAGAUGUGAACAGGCAACAGAAAGAGACUGCAGAAACAAUAGUCCUAAUCAAUGAUGAAAAGCUAAAACUUCAACAACAAAACACAGAGUUGGAGGAGAUGAGACAAGAAUUACAGCAUGAAAAAGACAACCUGAAACAAGAAGAACUCACAACCACUGCAUAUUUAGAGUUGAGGAAAAAGGAACUGGAGACACAAAUGGAAGCACUGCAAAGCUCCAAUGAGCUACUAACAGAAGACAGAAAACAUCUGGAAGAAUCAAGGAAAGAACUAGACCGACAAAGACAAGAAAAUGAAGUUGCUUUGAACCUCAUAAUUGAAGAGAAAAAACAGCUUGAGGAAGAGACUGAGGUCACUAAGAACUGCAUUGAAGAAGAGAAGGAGAAACUUGUGGAAAUGACAAAAGAUUUGGACAUUAAGAGAGAGGAAGUAGAACGCCAACAAGACAAACUGAGACAAGAACUACAACAAAGACAAAAUGAACUUGAGACACGAUUUAAAGAGCUUCAAACUUACAGUCAGUCGUGGCAGGAAGAGAAACAACAUUUGGAGGAGAUGAAGAAAGACCUGGAGCAAGAAAGGACAACAACUGAAACUGCUAUAAGCAUCUAUAAUCAAGAGAAAGAACAAAUAAAGGAGGAAAAUAGAAAACUAAAAGAUGAAAAAGAAAAACUGGGAAUAUUGGUGGAGAAUGUGAACAGGCAACAGAAAGAAACUGCAGAAGCAAUGGACCUCAUCAGUAAAGAAAAACAAAAACUUCAUCAACAGAACAUAGAGUUGGAGGAGACGAAACAGGAAUUACAGCAUGAAAAAGACAACCUGAAACAAGAAGAACUCACAACCACUGCAUAUUUAGAGUUGAGGAAAAAGGAACUGGAGACACAAAUGGAAGCACUGCAAAGCUCCAAUGAGCUACUAACAGAAGACAGAAAACAUCUGGAAGAAUCAAGGAAAGAACUAGACCGACAAAGACAAGAAAAUGAAGUUGCUUUGAACCUCAUAAUUGAAGAGAAAAAACAGCUUGAGGAAGAGACUGAGGUCGCUAAGAACUGCAUUGAAGAAGAGAAGGAGAAACUUGUGGAAAUGAGGAAAGAACUGGACAUUAAGGGAGAUGAAGUAGAACGCCAACAAGACAAACUGAAACAAGAACUACAACAAAGACAAAAUGAACUUGAGACACGAUUUAAAGAGCUUCAAACUUACAGUCAGUUGUGGCAGAAAGAGAAAGAUCAAUUGGAGCAGCUGAGACAAGACCUGAAACAAGAAAGGACAACAACUGAAACUGCUAUAAGCAUCUAUAAUGAAGAGAAAGAACAAAUAAAGGAGGAAAGAAGGAAACUACAAGUUGAAAAAGAAAACCUGGAGCUCUUAGUGGAAGAUGUGAACAGGCAACAGAAAGAAACUGCAGAAACAAUAGUCCUAAUCAAUGAUGAAAAGCUAAAACUUCAUCAACAGAACGUAGAGUUGGAGGAGCAGAAACAGGAAUUACAGCAUGAAAAAGACAACCUGAAACAAGAAGAACUCACAACCACUGCAUAUUUAGAGUUGAGGAAAAAGGAACUGGAGACACAAAUGGAAGCACUGCAAAGCUCCAAUGAGCUACUAACAGAAGACAGAAAACAUCUGGAAGAAUCAAGGAAAGAACUAGACCGACAAAGACAAGAAAAUGAAGUUGCUUUGAACCUCAUAAUUGAAGAGAAAAAACAGCUUGAGGAGGAGACUGAGGUCACUAAGAACUGCAUUGAAGAAGAGAAGGAGAAACUUGUGGAAAUGAGGAAAGAUCUGGACAUUAAGAGAGAGGAAGUAGAACGCCAACAAGACAAACUGAGACAAGAACUACAACAAAGACAAAAUGAACUUGAGACACAAUUUAAAGAGCUUCAAACUUACAGUCAGUCGUGGCAGAAAGAGAAAGAUCAAUUGGAGCAGCUGAGACUAGACCUGAAACAAGAAAGGACAGCAACUGAAACUGCUAUAAGCAUCUAUAAUGAAGAGAAAGAACAAAUAAAGGAGGAAAGAAGGAAACUACAAGUUGAAAAAGAAAACCUGGAGCUCUUAGUGGAAGAUGUGAACAGGCAACAGAAAGAAACUGCAGAAACAAUAGUCCUAAUCAAUGAUGAAAAGCUAAAACUUCAUCAACAGAACGUAGAGUUGGAGGAGCAGAAACAGGAAUUACAGCAUGAAAAAGACAACCUGAAACAAGAAGAACUCACAACCACUGCAUAUCUAGAGUUGAGGAAAAAGGAACUGGAGACACAAAUGGAAACACUGCAAAGCUCCAGUGAGUUGCUAAAGGAAGACAGAAAACAUCUGGAAGAAUCAAGGAAAGAACUAGACCGACAAAGACAGGAAAAUGAAGUUGCUUUGAACCUCAUAAAUGAAGAGAAAAAACAGCUUGAGGAAGAGACUGAGGUCACUAAGAACUGCAUUGAAGAAGAGAAGGAGAAACUUGUGGAAAUGAGGAAAGAUCUGGACAUUAAGAGAGAGGAAGUAGAACGCCAACAAGACAAACUGAAACAAGAACUACAACAAAGACAAAAUGAACUUGAGACACGAUUUAAAGAGCUUCAAACUUACAGUCAGUCGUGGCAGGAAGAGAAACAACAUUUGGAGGAGAUGAAGAAAGACCUGGAGCAAGAAAGGACAACAACUGAAACUGCUAUAAGCAUCUAUAAUCAAGAGAAAGAACAAAUAAAGGAGGAAAAUAGAAAACUAAAAGAUGAAAAAGAAAAACUGGGAAUAUUGGUGGAGAAUGUGAACAGGCAACAGAAAGAAACUGCAGAAGCAAUGGACCUCAUCAGUAAAGAAAAACAAAAACUUCAUCAACAGAACAUAGAGUUGGAGGAGAAGAAACAGGAAUUACAGCAUGAAAAAGACAACCUAAAACAAGAAGAACUCACAACCACUGCAUAUCUAGAGUUGAGGAAAAAGGAACUGGAGACACAAAUGGAAGCACUGCAAAGCUCCAGUGAGUUGCUAAAGGAAGACAGAAAACAUCUGGAAGAAUCAAGGAAGGAACUUGACCGACAAAGACAAGAAAAUGAAGUUGCUUUGAACCUCAUAAAUGAAGAGAAAAAACAGCUUGAGGAGGAGACUGAGGUCACUAAGAACUGCAUUGAAGAAGAGAAGGAGAAACUCAUGGAAAUGAGGAAAGAUCUGGACAUUAAGAGAGAGGAAGUAGAACGCCAACAAGACAAACUGAGACAAGAACUACAACAAAGACAAAAUGAACUUGAGACACGAUUUAAAGAGCUUCAAACUUACAGUCAGUCGUGGCAGGAAGAGAAACAACAUUUGGAGGAGAUGAAGAAAGACCUGGAGCAAGAAAGGACAACAACUGAAACUGCUAUAAGCAUCUAUAAUGAAGAGAAAGAACAAAUGAAAGGAGGAAAAAAGGAAACUACAAAGUUGGAGGAGAUGAGACAAGAAUUACAGCAUGAAAAAGACAACCUGAAACAAGAAGAACUCACAACCACUGCAUAUCUAGAGUUGAGGAAAAAGGAACUGGAGACACAAAUAGAAGCACUGCAAAGCUCCAGUGAGUUGCUAAAGGAAGACAGAAAACAUCUGGAAGAAUCAAGGAAGGAACUUGAUCGACAAAGACAGGAAAAUGAAGUUGCUUUGAACCUCAUAAUUGAAGAGAAAAAACAGCUUGAGGAGGAGACUGAGGUCACUAAGAACUGCAUUGAAGAAGAGAAGGAGAAACUUGUGGAAAUGAGGAAAGAUCUGGACAUUAAGAGAGAGGAAGUAGAACGCCAACAAGACAAACUGAAACAAGAACUACAACAAAGACAAAAUGAACUUGAGACACGAUUUAAAGAGCUUCAAACUUACAGUCAGCUGUGGCAGGAAGAGAAACAACAUUUGGAGGAGAUGAAGAAAGACCUGGAGCAAGAAAGGACAACAACUGAAACUGCUAUAAGCAUCUACAAUGAAGAGAAAGAACAAAUAAAGGAGGAAAAAAGGAAACUACAAGUUGAAAAAGAAAACCUGGAGCUCUUAGUGGAAGAUGUGAACAGGCAACAGAAAGAAACUGCAGAAACAAUAGUCCUAAUCAAUGACGAAAAGCUAAAACUUCAACAACAAAACACAGAGUUGGAGGAGAUGAGACAGGAAUUACAGCAUGAAAAAGACAACCUGAAACAAGAAGAACUCACAACCACUGCAUAUCUAGAGUUGAGGAAAAAGGAACUGGAGACACAAAUAGAAGCACUGCAAAGCUCCAGUGAGUUGCUAAAGGAAGACAGAAAACAUCUGGAAGAAUCAAGGAAAGAACUUGACCGACAAAGACAGGAAAAUGAAAUUGCUUUGAACCUCAUAAUUGAAGAGAAAAAACAGCUUGAGGAAGAGACUGAGGUCACUAAGAACUGCAUUGAAGAAGAGAAGGAGAAACUUGUGGAAAUGAGGAAAGAUCUGGACAUUAAGAGAGAGGAAGUAGAACGCCAACAAGACAAACUGAGACAAGAACUACAACAAAGACAAAAUGAACUUGAGACACGAUUUAAAGAGCUUCAAACUUACAGUCAGCUGUGGCAACAGAAAGAAACUGCAGAAGCAAUGGACCUCAUCAGUAAAGAAAAACAAAAACUUCAUCAACAGAACAUAGAGUUGGAGGAGAAGAAACAGGAAUUACAGCAUGAAAAAGACAACCUGAAGCAACGAGAACUCGCAGCCACUACAGAACUAGAGUUGAGAAGAAAGGAACUGGAGACACAAAUGCAAGAGCUGGAGGAGAAGAGAAAGGAGGUCCAGUUGGAGAAAGACUACCUGAAAAAAGUCACAUCCACUACAGAAUUAGAUUUGCGAAUGAACAAAUUGGAGAUACAAAUUCAAGAGCUGCAAAGUUCCAAUGAGCUGGUAAAGAAAGACAUAAAACAAUUGGAGGAAUUAAGGGAAGAACUAGACCGACAAAAGCAAGAAAGUGAAGCCACUUUGAGAAUCUUGAAUGAAGAGAAACAACAGCUUCGCAAAGGCAGGACAAAACCAGAAAGUGACCAAGAACAAGUGACGUCGAUGGAAGAAGUGAGAGAUAAAGGUUUAGAGACUGAGGAUGCUAAGAGCUACACUGAAGAAGAGAAGGAGCAACUUGUGGAACUGAGGAAAGAUCUGGACAUUAAGAGAGAUGAAGUAGAACGCCAACAAGACAAACUGAAACAAGAACUAGAGCAAAGACAAAAUGAACUUGAGACACGAUUUAAGGAGCUUCAAACUUACCGUCAGCUGUGGCAGGUAGAGAAACAACAAUUAGAGAAGCUGAGGGAAGAUCUGGAGCAAGAAAAGACAGCAAAUAAAACUGCUAUAAACAUCUACAAUCAAGAGAAAGAACAAAUAAAGGCAAGCAUAGGAAACUUACAAGCUGAAAAUGAAAAACUGGAGUUGUCAAUGGAGGAAGUUAAGAGAGCAAAAGAAAGUAUAGCAAUGCAACAAGUGUCCAGAGGAGAAAAAGCUGUUUAAAGAACUCAGGGGUGAAAUGGAAAUCAAAGCACAAGAAGUAGAAGUUGACCAAGAUUUUGUGAAGAUGGAAGAGCUGACUGAAGAGAGAGACAAAAAAGAGUUGCAUAAGUUCAAAACACUUAAUGACAGGUUAGAGCAAAAAGAGAAAAUG